AUGGAUGGUAGCCGUAAGAUAUUCCGCAACAAUUGCGAAAUCGAUGCCCCGCCCCGGCUGGGCUUCAUCGUGGACAACAGUCCCGAUCAGGUGCCGGCCUGUAUCGUUUCGCAAUUUCUGUACCUCGGUUCGCAGGACUGCGUGCGACCGGAGGUGCUGGAGAAGUACGGCAUCACACACGUGCUCAGCGUUGGCAUAGAAACGCCACCGUUCGACGAGUUGCGAACAGAAGGCGAACAGCAACAGCCCCGGGUAGAAAGCCGGUUUGUCGAGUGCUUGGAUCUUCCGGAAACGAAUCUGGCCGAGGUGCUGGUCAAAACGAAUGCCUUCAUAGACGGCUGCAGGGCGUGCGGGGGGCGCGUACUGGUGCACUGCAAUGCUGGCGUGUCGAGGUCGACGUCGGUGGUUGUGGGCUAUCUGAUGGAGCGGUGUGAUCAAUCGUUCAUGCAGGCAUUCGGAACGGUCAAGAGCAAGAGACCAUGCGUGCAACCAAAUGCUGGUUUUAUUAAACAACUGAAGCAAUUGCAAUCAUAA